AUGUCCUCAAAAAUUACUCAGGUCUUUCGUAGGACCGUUUUCCCAACUCACUUCGUUUCUCCUCAAGUUCAAUGCCUUCAAUCACCGAGACCUUAUUUGCCACUUUCAAGAACUCUAAAAAGAUGGGUGGUUAAUGGUAACAUUGAGAAUGAAUCCCGUAAUAAUGUAUAUUUUGUUGAUCUAGAGGAGACGAAUGUUCCACUCCUUGAUAUGAUUCUGAAAGGAGAAUUUGUGACUUUAUAUGGUGCAAGGGCCUCCGGAAAAUCUACACGUGUGGAUCAAGUUAUGGAAAAGUUGAAAAGCCAGGGCAUUAUUUGCAUUUAUGUAACUUUGGAGCAGAUUAACAUGGAAACCAAAGAUAGUUUCUGGUCGUCAAUGGGUUUUGCACUUCACAUUAGUGCUCCUAAAUACUUUGGAAAAGCUGAUGUCAAAUCUUCUGGUGAUUUUCGGCUAAAGUUUCUGAAAGAACAAUGGAAUGAUAAUCGUGUUGUUCUCUUCAUUGAUGAGUUCGAUAUAUUGUUUGAAGCACAUGAUGAUAUUAAAUCCUCAUUUUUUGAGGUAAUUCAUGCUAUUAAAAACACAAAGGAAAAUUAUGCUCUCUUGUCUUCGGUAGCCAUCGGUCUCUUUAGUAUUUUACGUUUGAGUUCAGACAGAAUAACCACGUCUCCAUUCAACAUUAACAAUCCAUUUAGGAACCCAAAUUUCACGCUGGAACAAGUGCAGUCAGUAUAUAAGGAGUUUGAGGAUGACUUCAAAUUGACAAUUGACCCGGAGAUCAUUGAGGAUAUCUACAAUCGGACAAAUGGGCAUGCUGCCCUUGUCUGCCUUUGCGGAAAAGCUAUCAAUUCAGAUUUAAUGUCAAAACUUGAUGAAAAUAGAAGGCUCACCUCCUUAACCUGGUUAAACUUUGUUAUCAAUUCUAUGCAAGAUACGAUAUUUGAUUAUAACACCUUCAGAUGGAUGAUUAUUAUACUUCAAAAGAAAAAAGUCAGGCCUGCUAUAGAACUUCUUCGAUCUGUUUUCUUAGGAUCUUUCAAAUUUGUGCCAAUCUAUGACUCUGAAGAAAAAAAACUAGCAGAAUUUUUGACAGCCGAGGGGGUGCUAAUGAGGGAUGAAACGAAAAAGAAUAAUUUCAGAAUGUCAUCUAUUUUUGUAGAUGAUCUGAUUCAGCGACGACUUAUUCCUGCAUUAUACAAGUCUGCCCCGACAUGUGCAGUCCCCUUAAAAAAAAAUGAUACCCUGGAUAUUCUCAAGAUUUUGCAGACGGCUAUCCGGUUCUUUGAUAAAGACAUCAUUUCUAAUGCAUUCAUUAAGUCAUUUAAAGUUGCAUCUACGUUGUAUGUAGAUGGUCAAAAAGAAACUCAAGUCCCUCAAGAAAAUGUUUACAACACAGAGCUUAUCAGGAUCCUAGUUAAUUGGCUUGUCAGAAAUAAUGGAUUUGAGGUCACUGGACAGUGGCAUAUGGUAGAAAGUCAUGCCAAAAAACAUGUUCAUACGUAUAGCGAUAUAGUAAUUACAACGCAACGUCAAAGAAUUGUUCUCGAACUUUUAGCCACCGCAACAAAGGAAGACCUUGAUGAACACUUUGAAAGAGUACUUGAGUAUGCUGAAAAACUAUCUGCGGACGAUAUUUGGAUAGUACAUUUUACAUGUGAAGAUCGUUAUGCAACUGCAACUCAUAAGAAACUUCAUUGGCCACCUGAUGAUAGAAUUAAUGUUAUACACUGCUUUCACAACCGGAUACUUGAAAAUGUUCUAAUUAAUGUCCGAUAUGUAGAUAGCUCUGGUACCAUUAAAUAUAUUACAGAUGAGGCCAUACCAUUAAAUCUUAGUUAG